GGCGGGUGUUGAAGGCCCGGCCGUUGUGCCGAAGGGAUUUAAUUCCUUUUAUCCCCUUUGAGGGGGAUAAUACGGUGGCUGAACGUGGUGGUUGUCGUCCGAUCCCGUGAGCUGAAGCGGUGAAGUUACGCAGCUCUGAGCUGCUGCGGGCAGGGAAUUUGUCGGUCCUUCAGUGUACCAUGAAGAAGAAGGAAACCUUUCUGCCUGUCGUGGGGAUGUGUAUGUAUUCUCUCGCCGCUUAGCGAGAAACAUCAAGUUGUGUUGAAAUCCCAUUCCUGGCAAUAAGCAGCAUGCCUCCGGGGCAAGCGAAAGCAGAAUACAGACUUGAAACUUCACACGUUUUCCCUCCUAACCUCCCAGUAACAUUUACUGUCAUGUACAGCCUGGCUGCCAGUUCUGCUCCUUCCUUCGUUCACGCUGUGACCUUCCCCACAUCACCUGAUCUCUACAGCUCGUUUGCCCUUUCUGAGAAACAAGGACAAUAUAUUCCACUGGAAGACAUUCUGGAAUUGAAAGAUGAAAUAUUUUGGAACCGCUAAGCCGUAUUAUUGCUGUCAACCAAAAUCUUUUCUUUCCCAGCUCAGCGGUUGCCUAAUCCUGUUAGUCACACUCGGAGGCCUCCCCCUUCUUUAGCAGCUUUAAUCCCCAUGGUGUUUUUUGACCAGAGUGAUCUUUGGUCCUGUGUCAGAACACGCAGACCUUCACAGUGUGCUGUCAGCGCUGCUUCUGGGUCCUAUUAUUGUCUUUUAAGGGUUCCCGUCACCCAUGGGGACAGAGCUGUGUCACAGCGAGUGAGAUCCUGGGCAGAGCGUGCCCCCUCCUCAUGAACUGGUAGAAAUGGGUAUAUUUUAUGUCAAGGCUUAGCUGCAAAAAUCACAUUACGUAUGCCCCCAAACCACGCACAGUUGCCCCCAAAGACGUACCCAACCCCUGCUCCGGGCAAAGACGGGCAUGGGGGCAGCGGGGGGGGGUAUCGGCAGCGGAUGGGGCAGAGAGAGGGUCUACAGCGGGCAAGGGCAGACGGACCGGCGGCGUGGGGUAUCCCCGAGGCUGAAAAUUAGGGAAACUGAGGCAGGGGCUCGGUUCCCCGCCGGAUUCGGCACCCCGCCGCCCCGCAAAGCCCCCCGCUCCGGGGAAGGGGAGGGAACGGGGCUUGGGGCAGGCUUAAAGCGGGCGGGAGGAGCGGCGGAACCGCGCCGUCGCAGGGCGCUUGUGCCGCUUUAAGGCGGUGCUGCCGAUCCGGGCUCGGUCAGGCACCGGGAAGAGGAACUGGGCUUUGCACUGCCGGGUCGGGGCGAACGCACCGCCGUGCACCGGGUGGCCCCGGUUCCCCCCCCCCCGCCGCCGCCCACCGCUGUCGCCUGCUCCGCGCUCGCUGCAAGGGAGGGAUGGGGCGGGGGGGGAGAGGAGGCGGGGGGGGCGAGGACCGGCCUUUGCAUCCCCACCGCAGCCCCUCUGCAGCCCCUCUGCUCCCCGUUGCGUCCCCUUUGCAUCCCCUCCGCUCCUUCCUUCUGCUGCAAGGGGACGUGCUUGCCAGGGCCGCCUGCUUGCAGGGUGCGUGCUUGAAAUAAAAGCCCCCCACCACCACCCGAAGACCCCCCAUCCCCUGCCCCGAGCCCUCUCCUCUACCAUGAUUUUGCUGAGCAGCUUCUUGCACCUGCGGCCUCGGCGCUGCGGCCCUUUCGCAGGGCUGGGCAGGGGCUCCGGCCCCGCAGCGGGGUCCCGCAGGGCUCUGCGGGUGCUGGUGGACAUGGAUGGGGUGCUGGCCGACUUCGAGGGAGGCUUCCUCAAGAAGUUCAGGGCCAGGUACCCCGACAAACCCUACAUUGCCCUGGAGGACCGGAGGGGCUUCUGGGUGUCGGAGCAAUACGGGCGCCUGGGACCUGAGCUGAGUGAAAAAGCCAUCAGCAUCUGGGAAUCCAAGAACUUCUUCAUCGAGCUGGACCCACUCCCCGGGGCUGUGGAAGCUGUGAAGCAAAUGGCAAAUUUGGCAGACACCGAUGUGUUCAUCUGCACAAGCCCGAUCAAGAAGUACCGCUACUGCCCUUACGAGAAGUACGCCUGGGUGGAGAAGCACUUCGGCCCCGAGUUUCUCGAGCAGAUUGUUUUGACGCGAGAUAAGACGGUGGUUUCUGCUGACCUGCUUAUAGACGACAGACCUGAUAUAACAGGGGCCGAGCAGAACCCCAGCUGGGAGCAUGUGCUCUUCACAGCCUGCCACAACAAGCACCUGCAGCUGAAGCCCCCCAGCCGUAGGCUACAGUCCUGGACCGACGACUGGAAGGCCAUUCUGGACAGCAAACGCCUGCCACCGGGCCAGACCGCCUAAACACCAGCCUCCCACUGCUGCCCGGGGCUGCGGCCACCCGCUCUUGUCCCUGUGGAGUCCUGCUGAAGGCUGAAACCACGGAUGGACAGACAGACAGACACUGUCCGUGCUGCGGAGAGGAAGAGGAGGGUGAGCUGAAGCGCCACGGCCACCCAGACCUGGAGAGCGGACCCCAGCCCGGCCAUGCCACAAGGGACCAGCAGCAGGAUUGGCCCCGUGGACUCAGCAGCCCGUCUGGGGAGCAUUUCCCCCUGGCUUCUGGGGUCUCUAUGCAGCAUCUGCACCCCCUGCGAGGCCAGCCCGGCAUUUCUGGUGGAUGAGGUCACCCUCAGCAUGUCACUGCCCUUGUCCGGUGCACUGCAUGGCACAAAGCCACUUUCGAUCCUCCUCUCUACGUUAUGGUCGGUGGU